GGCGGGCUUCCUGCGGCCGCCUUUGCGCUGACCCCCGGCAUGGCAGUGCUGGGGGUGCAGGUGGUGGUGAGCCUGCUGGCAGCCAGCCUGAUGCAGAAGCUGUCCCCACGCUGCUCCUUUGCCCGCUGGCUGCUCUGCAAUGGCAGCCUGCACCGUUACAGACACCCCUCGGAUGAGGAGCUCUGUGCCCUGGCAGGGAAGCAGCGUCCCAAAUCCAGGAGGGAGAGGAGGGUGAAUGGGGUGACAGAUGAGAAACCCCUCUCCGUGCCCAGGGACAUCGACCUCCACCUGGACACCAGCCCCAUCACUGCCGUGGAUGCUCUUGUGCUGCGUUAUUUCCUGGACUAUCAGUGGUUUGUGGAUUUUGCUGUUUACUCCACUGCUGUGUACAUCUUCACCGAGGGCUACUACUGCCUGGUGGGUCCCCAGAAGGAGAUGAAUAUUGGGGUGCUCUGGUGCCUGCUGACUGUUGUCUUCUCCAUCAAGGUCUUCUUCACCGUGAUGCACCAUUACUUCAGCUCAGAGGAGGGGGGUGAGCGCUCUGUCUGCCUCACCUUUGCCUUCUUCUUCCUCCUCCUCGCCAUGAUCACCCUGGUCAUCCGGGAGGAUUACCUGGAAUUUGGGCUGGAGCCUGGGCUGGCUGGUGUCAGCAGCAACCUGGAGAGCAUCCUGAAGCAGAGGGGCUGGGAGUGGAUGUUGCCCCUUGGCAAGUUGGGCUUCAAGCUGGGGCUGGUGGCUCUCUGCUCCUUCCUGGGUGCCUGCCUGACCUUCCCGGGGCUCCGCCUGGCCCAGACACACCUGGAUGCUCUGAGGAUGGCAGCAGACAAACCCCUGCUCCAGGUUCUGCUUCACCUGAGUUUCCUGGCACCCGUCCUGGUGGUGGUGAUGUGGAUCAAACCCAUCUCCAGGGAUUUCCUCCUCCACGCACCCAUGGGCAAGCAGACAGUGCAGAUCCUGUCAGACUCUGCCUACAACACCACCCGGCUCUGGACCAUCGUUGGGCUCUGCCUGUUGCGUUUGGGGGUCACCCGGCCCCACCUCCAGGCUUACCUGGAGCUGGCCCAGCGUUGGGUGGAGCAGAUGAGGAAGGAAGCUGGACGCAUCCCAGCCCUGGAAAUCCAGCGCAAGAUCACCAGGAUUUACUGCUACGUCUCCGUGGUCAGCCUGCAGUACCUGGGACCCAUCAUCCUCACCCUGCACUGCACCCUGCUCCUCAAGAUGUUGGGGCACCACUCGUGGGGGCUGUACCCAGAGCCCCCUGCCCUCCCCAGGGAGGUGACAGUGACGGUGACACCGCAGCACCCCAGGGAGGGGGACGUGGAGGAUGUUGGUGCAGCAGUGGAGCAGAUCACGGGGGUCUUGGGUGGCAUCUUCACCCCCCUCUUCUUCCGUGGGCUCUUCUCCUUCCUCACCUGGUGGGUGGCUGCCUGCCAGGUGGUCACCAGCCUCUUCGGCCUCUACUUCCACCAGUACCUGGCUGCCUCCUGACUGGGGCAAACUGGGAGCUGCCCGUUUGCCCAGGGCACAGGUGAGGAGGACAUUGCUGCCACCAGCUCUUGCUGGGACAAAGUUUCAGACACAGCCAGCCUGGCACUUGCUCCUGUCACCACCGUGCCUGCUGUCACCCUGCUGUCACCCUGCUCCAGGAUGGGGCCCUCCAGACCCCCUUCUCCCCCUCUCCCCCAGGAGCUGCUGCUGGGAUUUAGGGGAAGGCAGCAGCUCCUGGCAGCCCUGGGACAGAGGAGGACUCAGGAGGGGGAAUUGUCCUUGCUUGGUUGGGGGCUGGAGCCAGCACAGACUUUGGGGUUUGCUCUGCAGUGUGGGGUUUUGGAGGAGCUCCUUAGGGGGGGGGGUGUAAUCCCUCUGCUUGGGGUGAAAUCCUCAGGUUCUCCAGCUCUGGGCUGGCUUAGAAAUAAAAGAAGGACCUCAGAGCCCCU